CCAUUUUUCACCACUAAAACUCAAACCCUAACAAGAUUUUCGUCAUUCAUUCAUGGAUUACUUCAAAAUUCUUCCCGAGGAGAUCACGUUAGAUAUUCUGACUCGCUUACCAACUGAAUCGGUGCUUGAUUCCAAGUUAGUAUGCACAAAUUGGAGAAGUAUUAUUUCUGAUCAUCCAUCCUUCUCAAAAAUGCACUUAUACCAUCUCAAUCAUCCUUCUGAUUCUGCUUCCGAUGAUUAUGGUAAGUUGGGUUUUCUUGCUUUCACUUAUGAUACCCGUCAUAAUAAAAUCUUUUACUAUAUUGAAUAUAAUGAGAAUCGUGAUGAAUCAACAACACCCAUUCAGAGAAUUAGAAGGAUAAAAUUCACCCCUCCAAUUGAGCGUAUUGGCUUUGUUGGUUCCUGUAAUGGCUUGAUCUGUCUUGUUCAAGGCCCAUUUGUAUGGAUUUGGAAUCCGAUCACCAAGGAAUACCUUAUGCUUCCUAAAAUUAAGAGAGAUUGUCAAAUUGGUCGGUAUAGAUUUUGGACGACCCAAUUUGGAUAUGUUUCUUCAACUAAUGAAUACAAAGUUUUAGGAAUAUAUAAGUAUGAGACCAAGUAUAUAAAAGUCUACGUGUACACUCUAGGCAGUGGCAAUGGCUGGAGAAAGCUUGGAAAGUUCUGUUUUGAAUCCAGAAAUUAUUGGGCACAAUUUGUCUUUGUCGAUGGUGCUCUUUAUUGGCUAGACGAAGAAUUAAAAAGGAUCAUUACCUUCGAUUUGGCCAAGGAAAAGUUCUGUGAGGAUAUAUCACCACCUCCCUUGCCACCAGACCAUGAUUGGCAUGAUAGUAGACUACGGGUUUUGAAUGGGGUUUUAUCUUUUGCAAUUUGUCUAGAUGUCGAAGGAGAUGAAUUUUAUGACAUAUGGCUAUUGAAAAAGAAGGAUGAUAGUCAUGACAAGAAAGGGAAAGUGGAAAAUCAGUCAAUGGGUUGGAGCAAAGGAUUUAGGGUCGGGAAUAGUAAAUUAUUAGCAAUUACAAAGAGAAAUGGUGUUUUAGCUUUCGUCCGUGACUGUCUCAACAUAUACGGCACAAUAACUUGUACCUCGAAAAGCCUUGUCAAGUUUAAGAAUUGUCUUCUUCAAGUAACCCCUCAUAAGAACACCUUAGUUUUGUUGAAAGAAUUAGGGGAAGAAGAUACAAAAAGAAUGGAGUCAGUUGAUAUUGAGGAGGCAAAUGAGCAUGAUUAUCCUUUCAAGCAGCCACAGGAGGACGCCAGCCCUGAAUACGUCUACUUAUAAACUGGUCAUACUAACUAUGCUACUGCUCGGAAUUCAAAGCCGCAUAGUCCUGUCCUAGUUCCGACUUUCUCAUCCCCACAAUGUCCAUGACCUUUUGAGAAUACUGCAGACAUUUGCUUCUAGCCUAAAAUUACUGUGGCAUGUCCAUUUGUCUGAUACAUAUAGAAGUCCUAUG